CAAUAUUCCAUGUUGCUUUGCUAUCCAGUAAGAAUAGCGCAGCGCACAUAUAUAAGCAGCGAGCUGCAUUCACGGACUCCAGGAGCUAGGCGCCGCGUGUCCAGACACUCCAUUGACCCAGUCGGCUCAGCAAAUUGCUGGAAGCUGCCGGAAGCAUUCAGAGCUGAACGGAACGCUAGUGAUGGCCGGACUUCUCGGUGCCAAAUGGCACGAGCUCUCUUCGGAGAUUCAGAAGAGAAAGUCAGGUGAAGAUGGUACUGCAGACUCUGAUGACAAGAAGCAGGAGCUCCUCUUUCUAGAGAGGCACCUUCAGACACUGGACGUGCGCGCAAGGCUGCAUGCCAGGAAGGAAUGAUGAGUAUCUGGUUCAGCCACAAACCAUCGGCCGUGAUUCGGCCACGUGGAGCUUCCCUGGAGGAGGACGCCUCAUCCUCAGCCUCGACCUCAAGGACGGGACCUGUAACGUGGUACCUGAGCACGUGCCUGCUGACGCCAGCUUCAUCAAAGACGCCUGGACUGCGAGCUCCGAAUGGCGUGGCUCAAAUUCGACGCACAACUUCGAUCUGAUAUACAAGCUCGACACCGGUUUUGUCAAGCUCAAAGAGAAGGACGCCCUUCCCGACCCCUACAUCCUCACGAUCACGCCUGAUGCCGCUCGAGAGCGGUACGAGCACAUCGGGGAGCGGAUUCCGUCCGCUCUCGUUCUGUACAGAUUGCUGUGCCUCUUCCCGUCCCUGGAUGUGCCGACUUAUGACUGGUACAAGUGUCUCUGGGACUUUCUGCUGACCCACGAAGCGACCGGCUUCCGGCUGAAGAUAUGGGAGCACAAGGCCGCGCUGCAUGCAAUGGUCUUCUGGACGGACACCCCUGGACCGGCGCCGGAAUGUUUCCAGGCAGACGCCUGCGCUUUUCUGGAGCUGCUCCUUUCGGACGAGUGCCGGCACCCCUGUGGAGUGGUCGCCGGUUCCAUCGAUCCCGCUGUCCUAGACAACAGCACCGCGGCGGCACUCGAGCCACGUAGGUAUAUGGUAGACCCAUCGCAGAUUGUCAGGGACCGGCUGACGCCUGAUGACGUAGUGGCAGCGCGCGCUGUCAGGGACAAGUGGAAGGCUCUCGAAGAGCCAGACAGCGCCCCACAGGACGGUACCGGUCGCUUGGACGUCCGCUUCGGUCCGGCAGCGACAACAAUCAUCUUGCCCGACUUUGGGCAGGAACUUACGGCGCCCGCCAACAAAAGACUGAAGGCGGAAACGGACCCGUCGACCGUUCCGUUCUGCGUGACGAUCUCCUCCGCUCUGCUGCUCUACCGCCUUCUCGGCCUCUUCAGCCUCCUUGACCGCGAAACCCGGUACAGUAACGUCCUUCACUACAGUAGCGUCCAAACACCGGUUGAGAUCAUCCGACCCGGUUUUACGGAUUCCGUGUGGCACACGGAGGUCCGCCACAUGGCGUCCGCAUCCGUCGUCCGAUUCGGCGACUACCGCGGCGCUGCAGCGGUCUGGGCGGCCACGUCCGCAGGAGCUGAUCACGAGGAGAAGCUCAAGGAGGAUCUCGUGUCGCUGCUCGAGCUGCUUUGCGGCGACAAGUGUCCGCAUACGUAUGACGAAGUAGUCGCCGGAUGUAUAGCCUGAGAAGGUCCUUGUGAUUUGAGUGCCAAGCCCCACUCACCUGGUCGAGCUGUGACUGCUCCGCUGUGCUUUCACUUUCACUUUUAUUUGCAGCACAUGCAGUAAUGCUGGGCGCCAGAGUGGAGGGCCAACGAACAUGUCAGAUCAGAAAACUUUCGUAUCAAAACCACUUUGCUGACCAAAACGAUCUUUGUUGAUCCUCCUUCAAGUCUUCCUUGACGGUUGCAUCUGCCGCCAAGCCUUCUAGCGAAUGUGGGUUAUCGACGCG